AUGAGGCAGAGGGUUGCCGACGAGGCAUUGCUCGAAAAAACCGCGAAAUUGACACCGCCGUCCCUCGCGGUGGCGCCAAAGGGCGCCGGAAGGCCAGAGAGGAUCUCAAAACGGCGAGGCUUAACAAGAGGCUUCUCGACCACCACCGUGGUCUCCAAAUCACCACUUUCGCUCGCAUCGUUUAGUAUCACAGAAGAUCUCGGCAUUUUCCCGGUAUUUGCUGAGGAUUUAUUCGGAAUCCCAACACCGAACUUGUUUUUCCGGCACCUGAGAUACUUCGCGGAGCAAUGGCGCAAACGCGUGCGAGCACGACGAAUCUUUACAAGACGACAAAUCACCGCUGGCGCGCUCCGAAAUCACGGCGAGGAACUCGUCCAGACCCAUCCAGGAGAACCUCCGCUCGUCGCCGCCGAGAAGCCGUACGACCUCCCAGAAGAAGUCCGGGUCGCACGGCAGGGCCAGGCCGCCGGCGGCCGGGAACCCGAAUUCCUCCUCCGCCUGACGGAGGAGGGCCACGAACACGGGCAGGUUCAGGAACCGGGUGGGGAUGACGAACCGGGCCCGCUCACGGCCCACGUAGACCGCGACGGUACCGGACGGCGUCCGUCGGGCCGUCUCCGACGCGUCGUCGUAGUCGGGGCGGCGGCGCGUGAGGCUUUUGUUCUUCCAGCGGCGGACGACCUGCCUCAGCCGCACGAUCUGGGCGAUCAUGUUUACUUUCCUGAUGGCUGA